AUGGAUAUUAGAGUAAAGAAUACAAUUUUCUCACUCAGCAUCUCACUAACUGCACUGAGAUUGGUGGGGUUUUGGACACCAGAAGACUUGCAGGACAAUCAUAAGCUACUUUACAGAAGCUAUGCAUUUUUUUCGUUUAUGCUUUAUAUUGGAAUCUAUACCAUAACUCAGACUGUCGAUCUGUUUAUAAUAUGGGGGAACAUUCCACUGAUGACCGCUACUAUGUUCCUGCUUGGCACGAGCUGUGCGCAUGCAACCAAGUUUUUUAACUUAUUUAUAAGAGAGAAUAUGAUAAAGACAAUCGUUUACAGCUCUGAUGAAGUACUACGCAGCGUUGAAGACAAAGACGGUAAAGCAAUCAUUAAAAGCUGCAAUCGUCAGACCAGGAUUCAGUUAUUGGUCUACUACAGUUUGACGAUGGUCACCAUACUUGGGUUGACAAUGAGCGCUGAACAUGGCAGUCUACCCUUACGGUCGUGGUAUCCAUAUGACGUAACAAAGUCACCAGCUUACGAGUUGACCUUCGCGCUUCAAGUGUACACACUGUGUGUGGCAGCCCUACUCAACAUCUCCAAGGAUACUAUGGCGACCACCUUGAUAGCUCAGUGCCACUGUCGCUUGAAACUCAUCGGACUGUCGCUGAAGACGUUAUGCCACGACUUACAUUUAGAUAAAACGGUCAUGUUAUCAGCAGGUCAGGAAGAAUUGGUCCGAGCUCGUCUCCGCAACUGCGCGAUAGAGCACCAGACUGUUUUGGAAACUGCCGUACUCUUACAGAAUUGUUUCUCGGAGCCGACCUUCGCACAGUUCAACGUAUCCCUCGUUAUAAUAUGCGUGACAGCCUUCCAACUUGUGUCUCAAACUGGAAACAUAGUGAGAUUGAUGUCAAUGGGGACCUACCUGGCGAACAUGAUGUUUCAGGUCUUCAUCUAUUGUUAUCAGGGAAACCAGCUGUCACACGAAAGUUCGGAUAUAUCGAGCGCGGCGUACCUGUGUCCCUGGUACAUGAUGUCUCCGAAACUCCGGCGUGACCUUCUCAUCGUGAUGAUUCGGUCUCGGCGCAUUGCAAAGAUCACGGCCGGAGGUUUCACGACACUCUCCUUAGACUCAUUUAUGGCGAUUAUAAAAGCUUCUUAUUCAUUGUUUACUCUAUUAAAACAAGUAGACGAGAAGAAUUAA